AUGGAUUCUUCUGAUGUUGUUGAAUAUCGGCUUCUUUUUAAUGAAUCAGCAAAUGUGCCUGACGUUACUGCAGUGACUAUUUCAUAUUUAUUUUGUAUUUUUGGUGGCUCGUUGUCAGUUCUCAUAAUGUGUGGAAACCUACUUGUAAUCAUCUCUAUUGCUUACUUCAAACAGCUCCACACUCCUACAAACUUCCUGAUGCUCUCUCUGGCUGUGGCUGACCUGCUAGUUGGACUUUUCAUCUUGCCUUUCACUGUCAUCCUCUUUGUCAGCUCAUACUGGCGUCUGUAUGAUCUACUUUGUAGGGUACGGAGCAGCUUAGAUAUGUUGCUGUCCAAUUCUUCCAUAUGGAACAUGUGCUUCAUUUCUGUGGACAGAUAUUAUGCUGUGUGUCAUCCUUUGAUAUACAGAAUUAAAAUAAAUGUCCGUGUUGUUGGGAUCAUGAUCAUGGUGUCCUGGACUGUUGCCACUCUGAAUGGAAUUAUUAUCACAUUCCAGGCCCCAGAUAAAGGACAAAAAAACAAGAGGUGUGCUUCAUUUCAAAAUAAAGCACAGGGUACAGUAGUUGUGGCAGCUUUAAUUACAUUUUUUUUCCCAGCUAUUGUGAUGCUUGCACUCUACCUAAAGAUUUUCAUGGUGGCACAGAGACAAGCACGCAGCAUCCUGAGCAUGGCAAACUCUGCUGCAGCUGCCAGUAAAAUGGAGAGAAAGGCGACUAAAACUCUGUCUAUUGUGGUGGGGAGUUUUCUCCUGAGUUGGACGCCUUUUGUUCUAUGUAUGAGCUUUAAUCCUUUCAGCAAUUAUACAAUACCUUUUCAUGUCAUGCAAUUUUUUAAGUGGCUUGGAUGGUCAAAUUCAAUGUUCAAUCCCUUUAUUUAUGCUUUCUUUUACAGCCAGUUUCGAUCAGCUUUCAGGAUGAUCAUGACUGGGAAAAUAUUUCAAGAUGUCUCUAAUUGUAAGCUCUUUUGA